AUGGCUGCUGAAGCAGUUGCUUUAAAGCCUCUGCCACCACUUAAAUCUCAAAAACUUCCUGGUUCACAUAAGAGUCAUCCGGUUCAACCAAAAGAGGAUGGGGAAAAUUUACUAUUUUCAAAUGUUCGUCGAGUGUUUUAUAGAAGCCAAGACGAUAUCAAUAGGGUUUGGCUUUCCUACUGUCACAGCUCGAAGGCCAUGUUUUGCACAGUGUGUCUGCCCUACACCAAAGCUAGUGAAUCCAAUGCGUUUACUAAUGGCAUGAAUGAUUGGAAGCAUGUUCACCAACGAAUCGAAGAACACCAAUCGAGUAAACACUAUUGCAGGAGUGUAGAGGCACACAUGUCGAACAAUGACAAGGACGUAUAUAGCUUGCUUUUUUCAAAUCAAAAAAAUGUGAGAGCUGCUCAAGUUAAAGAAAAACGGCAAGUUCUAGAACGUGUGAUAGAAAUUGUUAAACUUAUUGGAAAGCGAAAACUUAGUUACAGAUCUAUCAAUGACGCAGCCUACUGUCUGGACAAUGUCAAUAUUGACCACGGGAACUAUUUAGAAAUUUUAAUUCUUCUGUCUAAAUUUGACCCGCUUAUGAAAAAUCAUCUUGAAAUCGUGACGGAGAAAAGUAAGCAACGACAUGUCACGUGCGCAGCAUCAGGAACGAAGGGACGAGGAGGGUUAGUAACAUUUAUUUCAAGCACUACUGUCAAUUAUGUAAUUGAAUCUGUUCGCCGUAUGAUUAAGGCAUCGAUUGCAGAUGAGAUUCAAUCGGCAGGAAUGUUCUCCGUGCAACUGGACACAACGCAAGAUGUUAGCGUAAAGGAUCAAUGCUCGAUUGUAAUCCGAUAUGUUAAAGACCAUAUUUACGAGUGA